CUGUUUACUACGUUGGUGACACACAUGGCAAUGUAGUAAACUGAAAUACUACCUUUGUUUCAUAAGCAUUAAAUAUUUCAAAAAAAAUGUAAACAAUAAAUAUAUACCAGCAAUGGAGAAAAUAAGUUUUAUUCUUGCAAAUAAUGCAAAAAUUAUGUAUUGUCUACAUAAAAAACAAAAGUGGGUAAAGUGUGCAUUAAGAGCUCACCAUAAAAUAAGGCGAUACAUGACCCUGGCAUUCCUAAAAAAAAUACAUGGGAAAUAUAGACGGUUCUGGACAUGUGUAGAAAAAUCAAGCUUCUGGGAGAAUGAUGUUCCUACUUUUAAGAACGAUAAGUUCAAAAACACUUUCCGAAUCGAUCGUUCCACGUUUCAAUAUUUGGUUGAUCGAUUGAAGAAUUUACAGAGAGCGGACACCUGUUGGAGGAAUGCUAUUUCGUUGGAAAAGCGAAUUGGUAUCGCGCUUUAUUCAUUAGCUUCAUCAGCAGAGUAUAGAACAGUGGCAAGCUUAUUUGGAAUUGGUAGAACAACAGUAGGAGAAAUAGUUCUUGAGGUGUGUAGAGAGAUUGUGUUUGAAAUUGUUAAUGGUUUUGAAUUAUUGGGGUUCCCUCAAUGCUAUGAAGCGAUUGACGGAUGUCACAUUGAAGUGAAACCUCCAAAAGGUGAAGCUUCAGAUUAUUUCAAUUUUAAAGGAUGGUAUUCAACAAUUCUCUUUGCUGCUGUAAACUAUCGUUAUAGGUUCACCUACAUAAACAUAGGAGUACAGGGAAGAUGUAACGAUUCUUCCAUUUUUGAAUGCUCGGCAUUAAAGGCUUAUCACAUAAAUAAUGUGCUAUUUGCAAGACAUUUCAAAUUCAUUGAAGGUGUAAAGGUACCGAUUUUACUUAUUGCGGAUUCAGCGUUUAAACUUUCGCCAUACGUAAUGAAACCGUUUCCGUUUUCAGUUGACCAAAUAGAAGGUGAAAAAAUGUUCAACAAGAAAUUAUCUUCUUGCCGUCGCGUUGUUGAAAACGCAUUUGGUCAUCUGAAAGCUCGAUUUCGCAAAAUUGGGAAAGGUUUGGAAGUUAACAUAAAAAAUGUGAACACAAUUAUAAAAGCAUGCUGUAUUAUGCAUAAUAUUUGCAACAACAGAAACGAUAACAUCAAUCAGGGUUGGAUUCAGCAGUCAGAUUUCUAAAGUACAAGGCAGCAGCCCCAAAGAAGCAGUUCCGUAAGUGAUACAAACAACAGUGGAAUUGCUGUAAGAAACGCUUUAAUGACUAAUUUUAUUACCCAUUAGUAUAAUUGUUCUCAAGUACCAUACAAAUGUACAAAAUAAAAGAAAUAUGUUUAAAAUAAA